CUGCUCUCAAGUCUUCAGCACUCCUACAUAAAAUUCAAACUUAUAGGCCUAUCAACUAGAUAAUGAGCGCUGUCAAAAAGGACACCCUGCCGCUGACGCGGUCUGCUCACCUUGUCCUUGUGUCCGACACGCCAAAAGGCAGAGGUGUUUUCGCGCAACAGAAUAUAGACGCACACACCGUUAUAGAAACGUGCCCAGUCUUAGUCCUAGAUCCAGUCGAAAAUACAGAGCAUAUAGAGCAUACAACAUUGUAUCACUAUACUUACAAUUGGCCCAUGAAGACUGCUAAUGGCUCGGUGAUUACCACACAAGCCGUUGUCUUUGGGCUAGGCUCUAUGUUCAACCACUCUCACGACCAGAAUGUAGGCUGGGAAAGAAACGUAGAGAAGCAAGUCGUCACAUACAAGACGCUUCGCAGUGUCUCUGCGGGUGAAGAGCUCUGUAUAUCUUACGGCUCACAUUUGACAUUCAAAGAUGUCUCUGCACCACCAGAAGAGAUAGAAGAGCCACACGAGAUGCUGAGCAAAAUACAACUCGAUUGAUUCAUUAGGACCCAAGUUGAAAGCCACGCUGUUUGAUCGACGAUCAUGAUACUAAAGAAAGUCAAAACCAUCUACAUCCCACAUCCCAAGACCAGGUAACGCCAGUGCACCAAGUUUAAUACAGUAUCCAUAUAUAUAUGCCCUGCUGCUCAAUUCACC